AAAAAAAGGUAUAAAAAAGGUUCAUCCUUUCCCUAAAGAUAGGUGGCAUUUACCUCCAUAUCAAACAUCUACUCUUUAUAAACAACAAAACAAUGUGGUCAUCACCCAGAGAUAGACGUGAACACAAUUUAACCAUUGAUACAGCUGCUUCAUCAGCUUAUAUUCAAAGACAAAUCCAAUCUAAUCGAUCUGAAAUAUUAUUGCGAGCUGUUGAAGCAGGAUUGGUGCCUUUGGAAGAUGUUUUAGCAUUUCCUAUCAAUUGGAUCGAGAUGGCUACCAAUCACAUGACACGGCAAAGCAUGCUUCAAAUCAGUCAAACUCAUUCUCCUAGUAUUGUGAACAGCUCUUUGGGUCUCUAUUUCGGUGAAUCUUCUACACCUUCAUCGUCAUCAUCUAGACAAAGCAAAACGCCAGCUCUAACAAAGAAAGAAUCCGUCUCCUCAAAAUCAUCUCUCAAAAGAGAAUUCAAUAACGAUGAAGAAAUGGAUGCAAUGCUUUCUAGUGCUGUGCAAGAUACAAUGAAAGAUUCUGCUGGCAUACCAAUCAUUCAAGAUCGCGAUGAAACAUUCUUUUAUUCUUCCUUAUCUGCCACUUCUUCAUCCGAUUUAGCAUCUUCACCGUCAACAUCUAUACCUCCAACGCCAACGUUCUCAUUACGUGAACUAUCAUCUGAACCUGAAUCAUUCCCGUGUUCACCGGUAUCUUCAAUUCAAUCAAAAGAAGAACCGCCUGCUCUCCUUUCUAAAUCGCUUAUCUCUCAAAAUCACAUUUCUCCUUCUAUUCAACCUCUGGCCAAACGCAGAAAAGUGAUGGAAUCUUUACAUUUACCCAAUCUUUCUCAAUCUAAUCCAGCUUCAUGGUGGCCCGUUUCCAUUCCCGCACAAUAAGGGCGGAGUUUAGGUCAAUUCUUUCUUUACCCACGGUCUGAUAUGUAUAAUUUUUGUUGCGCAUACGCACAUUAUUCGCUAUUGUAUGAUUACUGUAUAUUUUCCCA